UGGCGCCUGAAACCUCCAGGAUGAGGAUCACCUACCUGACCUAUUAUAUCUCCUACAAGAUCCUGCACUAUAGACUCCAGUGAUCGCAGACGGAUCAGCACUACAACUACCAGCAUCCUGCAAGUCCUGAUAUCAGCUCCAGGGGGGUCCAGGAACUGCAUAAUUAGGUUUAAUGUCAGACGAUGAAGCCAUGUUUCAAGACAUUUGCUUAGCCACCAAGGAAUAAAGAUGUCCGGUCAAGACGUCCCCAGUCGACUGUGCCGUGAAGCCCACCAGCAUCUUCUGAAUGAUGAACAUUUCUUGGCAUCAGCGUUCUAUAUGGCGGCUUUUAGCUGUAAUGCGCCCAUUGCCCUUCAGAGAGUAAAAUCUCUAGACGAUGGGCAGUACCGUUCUGUAACUACAACUCUAGAGAAAUGGUGCCUAGGAGAAAGCCAGAUACCAAAAAUCAAAUGUGACGGCAUGGCCAUCGUCUCGCUGAACCCAGGGAUAGCAGCCGUCUUCCUCUCUACGCUCUAUCCUAAUAACUUUCCUGCUUCCUUGUUCAAGAUGCGCACAUUCCUAAAAAGUGGGCGCUAUGAAGACGUGGUGAUGAGAUGUAAUGCCUUACUGAACACACACCCACAGCACUCGUUAGAACUUCAGUUGACCAGAGGUCUUGCCUGGAUCCUGUCUCAAACUCAUUCCAGAAAUGGGGUUAUUGAUUAUGUCCAAGUUUUUACAAAGUACAAGGAGGAAGCGAAGCAAUACAUCUGUACUAAGCAAAGAGACCACCUGCCCCAGGUCAUAAAUGCCUUCCAUAGCUACAUCUCGUCUUACGAGAACAAUAACAUGGAAGGCAAUGGAAAUGUCUUCCUUCAUGACUGUUAUAACUUUCUUGUUGCCUUGGCUCCCGAUGACCUUCAGAUAUGUAAAUCCCAAGCUGCUCAUCUCUUUGAGGAAUGUAAGUUUGAGGAGUGUAUAGCUGUAUAUUCAAGGGCCAUUGAGGCCUUGUCGUUGGAGACUAAACUUAAGGAGGAGAAGAUUUCUUUGUUAUUGGUGGACCGUGCAGCGGCCUACUACUCUUUAGGCUGCCGGACCAAAGAAAUGGUGCAGGACUUAGCUGAGGCCUUCAGAAUCAGCCCUGGCCAUGCCAGGAGACGGUUCAUGGACAUCUUCUCCAGUGCAGACAUGGCUAGAGUAAUGGAACGUUCCAAGACCUGCAUCGAAACAGAGUUUGGAGACUUCAGGGAAGCCAUACGAGCUCGGACGGAGUUGAGGACUGACACCGGUACGGAACUUCUCUUACCAAUCAUACAGGCUCUGGAGUUUUUAAUCCAAUGCUCUACAGAAAGUAGACGGGAGAUGAACGUGUGUCUUGCAGACUGCAAACUCCUUACUAGAGACUUCCGCACCUGUCUCGAUAUUUGCAACCAGUUGAUCAACUCGGAGACAAAGACUUAUCAAAACACGUUAUACGUCUUAAGAGGCUUUUGUCACUUUCACAGUAAUGAACAUCAGCCGGCCCUAAAAGACUUUCAGAAGAUUAUAGAGGACGAGAUGCCGCAUCCUUCUAGUUGUGUGAGGGCCCUCUGUGGGAGAGGACUUAUCCGGAUGGUACGUGGAAGCACCUAUCUGACCGCCCUGGACUAUGUUACUGCCUGUAAGCUCAAGCUUGAUGAAACGUUACUGACAAUAAAAACCUAUGUGCCCUGGAACCAAAGAGGCCUUCUAUACAAGGUCCUACAGGAGGAAGGUGAGAAGAUGCUGCACAUGAAGCCCAGUACCAAAGAACAUGGAUCAUCAAACAAAACUAAUACUGAGGAGCAUGACGAAGACUCCUCCGAAGAAUGUGAUGUGUCAGGGGUGCACCAGCUGGCCAGUCUCCUGAUGAUGCUGGACCCCACCGACGACGUGUGCCGGAUACUGUGUACCGAUGCCCUCUACCGAAUGGACCGGAUCGAAGAAGCUCACAAGAUGCUUUCCUUGGCCCUUAGCAGCAGUUCCCAGAGGUCCCCAGUCCUGGCCAGGUUGGCAUUGUUGCAGUUCAAGAAAGGAUUUAUCUACGACGGGAACCAGCUCAUAAAGAAAGUUAUCCAGUUGGGUGACACCUCCUGCCUCCUCCCCAUCAUGGAUAUCUUCAAGGAAGACGACCGUAAAUUGAUGCAGAAUCACUGUCAUUCUAAGGCUAUGGCGAUUCUGCGCAGCAGACAAGGGGAGGCGUAUCUGAAGGAAGCCGUCGCCUACCUGUCCUUCGCUAUUAUUGCGUCAGGAGGACACGCCAGGGACUCUUUAUUGGCCAGAGCCAGAUGUUACGGGCAGCUGGGACAAGAGAAAACGGCAAUAUAUGACCUCAACGCUGUUCUGAAGGAGGAACCUGGCAGCGUGGAGGCGCUAUGUGGAAAGAGCCUAGUAUACUCAACCCUUAACCAGCAAAAGGAGGCGAUGUGUGACAUGGUGCUGGCCCUCCGAGCGGACGCCGGCUACGUCGUCCAGGAGAUCCGCUCUUUAAAGCCGGAGGCUCGGAUACAGGUAGUGGAUUGGCUACACGACUACUGCCGCGCCGGUCUGGCCCAACUACUCAGCGCCAGUAAGAGCCUGCACAGUGACCCCUCGUUUAAGGACCUGGACAUCAUCGCAGGAUCGCUGUGGGAAAUAGACAAAAUUCAAGGAAAAAUCCACCUACUGUACACAGACCUCCUCAUAGCCAAAGAGAGAUACGAAGAAGCUUUCACGCACCUAAAGAAGUCUUUCACCAAUGGCGCCAUAGAUGAAUCCGCUAAAGCCAGGUAUGGGAUCCUCCACGUCAAGUGCCGCAACGUUCUGGCCGCAACUCAGGAACUCUCCACCUUGGCUGCUCGAAACCCUGGCGAACUGGAAAUUCUGGUGAAGUUUUUGGAUAAAAGAGAACGACAAAGCCUCUCCCAGGUGGCUGGACAAGAAGGGAUGGGCUGCACCCAGGAGAAGGACCAUGACAAGGCUCUGAAUUACUUCACCCUGGGCGUUAUAGCCAGUAAUAACAACCCCAAGUACCUCCGCCAGCGUGCCACCUGCCUCCUCCAUAUGGGGGACCACCAGGGGGCAGUCACAGACAUGGACAAGACCAUCCAAAGGCACAGCGCCAGUGACCUGCAGACCCAGGUGGAGGACUUCUGCUGUAAGGGGCUCCUCCUGCUCCUCCAGGGAGAGGAUGAAGUCGCCUGCCGGAUCUACAUGAAGGCUCUCGGCCUGGACAGCUCCUUCGCCUUGUCAGCGAUUGGCAAUAAUCCAGGAAAGCAGCGACUGGCAGAAAUAUUCUGCCGCGUCUCACAGAAAUGUCACGAGGAGAAGCUGCUGGAGGAGUCCUGGAAAAUGACCGAGUGUGGACUACUGAUCGACGAGACCAACCAGGAGAUGAGGAAACUGCGAGCCAAGAUCAAAAGAGAAGCGUCAGGAUGUAUUGUCCAUUAAUGGGAGGAAAACUCUAUGGAAGAAUUCAUCAGUCAUACCCAUAGGGGGCAGUAGUGAACACAGGGGGAGGAAAGAUAUCAGCAUUGUUGGUGCAAACAAUGGGGUAUAAUGCAGGAUAUAACUCAGGAUCAGUACAGGAUAAGUAAUGUAAUGUAUGUACACAGUGAUCUCACCAGCAGAAUAGUGAGUACAGCUCUGGAGUAUAAUACAGGAUAUAACUCAGGAUCAGUACAGGAUAAGUAAUGUAAUGUAUGUACACAGUGACCUCACCAGCAGAAUAGUGAGUACAGCUCUGGAGUAUAAUACAGGAUAUAACUCAGGAUCAGUACAGGAUAAGUAAUGUAAUGUAUGUACAC